AUGAACAAGCACCAGCACUGCUGUAAGUGCCCCGAGUGCUACGAGGUCUCCCGCCUGGCCGCCCUUCGGCGCAUCGAGCCCCCGGGCUAUGGGGACUGGCCUGUGCCAGACCCCUAUGGGCCAAGUGGGGGGAAUGGAGCCAGCACGGCAUAUGGGGGCUAUAGCUCGCAGACCCUGCCUUCGCAGGCGGGGGCCACCCCCACUCCACGCACCAAGGCCAAGCUCAUCCCCACUGGCCGAGAUGUGGGGCCAGUACCCCCUAAGCCAGCCCCAGGCAAGAGCACUCCCAAACUCAACGGCAGCGGUUCCAGUUGGUGGCCUGAAUGCACCUGUACCAACCGGGACUGGUAUGAGCAGGUAAAUGGCAGCGAUGGCAUGUUCAAGUAUGAAGAGAUAGUACUCGAGCGGGGCAAUUCUGGCCUGGGCUUCAGCAUCGCAGGUGGCAUUGACAACCCCCAUAUCCCUGAUGACCCUGGCAUCUUUAUUACCAAGAUCAUUCCUGGUGGAGCAGCUGCCAUGGAUGGGAGGCUGGGGGUGAAUGACUGUGUGCUGCGGGUGAAUGAGGUGGACGUGUCAGAGGUGGUGCACAGCCGAGCUGUGGAGGCGCUGAAGGAGGCAGGCCCUGUGGUGCGGUUGGUGGUGCGGAGGCGACAACCCCCACCUGAGACCAUCAUGGAGGUCAACCUGCUCAAAGGGCCCAAAGGCCUGGGUUUCAGCAUUGCUGGGGGCAUUGGAAACCAGCACAUCCCAGGAGACAACAGCAUCUACAUCACCAAGAUCAUCGAGGGGGGCGCUGCUCAGAAGGAUGGCCGCCUACAGAUCGGGGACCGGCUGCUGGCGGUGAACAACACCAAUCUGCAGGAUGUGAGGCAUGAGGAAGCUGUGGCCUCGCUGAAGAACACCUCUGACAUGGUCUAUCUGAAGGUGGCCAAGCCAGGCAGCCUUCACCUCAACGACAUGUACGCACCCCCUGACUACGCCAGCACUUUUACUGCCUUGGCUGACAACCACAUAAGCCAUAAUUCCAGCCUGGGUUAUCUGGGGGCUGUGGAGAGCAAGGUCAGCUACCCAGCUCCUCCUCAGGUUCCACCCGCCCGCUACUCUCCUAUUCCAAGGCACAUGCUGGCCGAGGAGGACUUCACCAGAGAGCCCCGCAAGAUCAUCCUGCACAAGGGCUCCACAGGCCUGGGCUUCAACAUCGUGGGAGGAGAGGAUGGAGAAGGCAUUUUUGUCUCCUUCAUCCUGGCAGGAGGCCCAGCUGACCUGAGUGGGGAACUGCGCAGGGGAGACCGGAUCUUAUCGGUGAAUGGCGUCAACCUGAGGAAUGCAACUCAUGAGCAGGCUGCAGCUGCUCUGAAACGGGCUGGCCAGUCAGUCACCAUUGUGGCCCAGUACAGACCCGAAGAGUAUAGUCGCUUUGAAUCGAAGAUACAUGACUUGCGAGAACAAAUGAUGAACAGCAGCAUGAGCUCUGGGUCUGGGUCCCUCCGAACAAGUGAGAAGAGGUCCUUGUAUGUCAGGGCCCUGUUUGAUUAUGACCGGACACGGGACAGCUGCCUGCCAAGCCAGGGGCUCAGCUUCUCCUAUGGUGACAUUCUGCACGUUAUUAAUGCCUCUGAUGAUGAGUGGUGGCAGGCAAGACUGGUGACCCCACAUGGAGAAAGCGAGCAAAUCGGUGUGAUCCCCAGUAAGAAGAGAGUGGAAAAGAAAGAAAGAGCUCGAUUGAAAACCGUGAAGUUCCAUGCCAGGACGGGCAUGAUUGAGUCUAACAGGUCGAUCAAAACGAAACGUAAAAAGAGUUUCCGCCUCUCUCGAAAGUUCCCAUUUUACAAGAGCAAAGAAAACAUGGCCCAGGAGAGCAGCAUACAGGAACAGGGAGUGACAUCCAACACCAGUGACAGCGAAAGCAGCUCCAAAGGACAAGAGGAUGCUAUUUUGUCAUAUGAGCCAGUAACUCGGCAAGAAAUUCACUAUGCAAGGCCUGUGAUCAUCCUGGGCCCAAUGAAGGACAGAGUCAACGAUGACCUGAUCUCAGAGUUCCCGCAUAAGUUUGGAUCCUGUGUGCCACAUACUACGCGGCCUCGGCGUGAGAAUGAAGUGGAUGGGCAGGACUACCACUUCGUGGUUUCUCGAGAACAAAUGGAGAAGGACAUUCAGGACAACAAGUUCAUCGAGGCAGGCCAAUUCAAUGAUAAUCUCUACGGGACCAGCAUCCAGUCAGUGCGGGCAGUGGCAGAGAGGGGCAAGCACUGCAUCCUAGAUGUUUCCGGCAAUGCUAUCAAGAGGCUGCAGCAAGCACAACUUUAUCCCAUUGCCAUUUUUAUCAAGCCCAAGUCCAUUGAAGCACUUAUGGAAAUGAACCGACGGCAGACAUACGAACAAGCAAAUAAGAUCUAUGACAAAGCCAUGAAGCUGGAUCAGGAGUUCGGAGAGUACUUCACAGCCAUUGUACAGGGUGACUCACUGGAAGAGAUUUAUAACAAAAUCAAGCAAAUCAUUGAGGACCAGUCUGGGCACUACAUUUGGGUCCCAUCCCCUGAAAAACUCUGA